AGCGUCAUGUGAUAUUGAUGUGAGUUUGCGGGAGACGGCCGCUGACCUUCGUAAGGUCUCUCCGGCGAAGGCAGAUAUCAUCAGCUGGAGUUUAGUCACUGACGGAGCCAUUCGCAACCUCCCAUCCCGGGCUUGGGUGCGUCUCUACUGGAGCUGGUUGGGUCGGAAUGUAGGGUUGGGAGUGUCUCAGGCCUGAUCUGGGGCCUACUGGCUGUGACGGGGCCCGGCCUCGACUCCGAUCCUGCGGCCCAUUCGGACUUCCUCCCCUGCAAGACGUUUCUACUCGGUGGAUGAUGGCUGAGCAACACUGCUCCCCUAACAAUGAGUAAAGGUGGAGCUGGCUCUACUUUUGAGUGGCAUCUGUGUAACCUUAGGGCUAAAGUCUGAAUUUGUUGAAAGCCAGAGUUUCUUCAAAAUGCCUGCAGUAUCAAGUGAUCUAAAGGAGUUGUAUUUGUCUACAUGCUUGGCUGACCUUAAUAAGAAAGCAGAAGUGAAGGUUGAAACGAGAAGCACUAAAAACUAUGUCACAAGUGCUUGUAAAAUUUUUAAGGCAGCAGAGGAAUGUAGAUUGGAUAGAGAUGAGGAGAAAGCAUAUGUCCUUUAUAUGAAGUACCUGACUGUGUACGAUCUCAUUCGGAAAAGACCUGAUUUCAAACACCACCAGGACUACUAUCUUUCCCUGCUUGGCCCUGCAAACUUCCGUAAAGCUAUAGAGGAAGCAGAAAGGCUUUCAGAAAGCCUCAAGCUAAGAUAUGAGGAGGCUGAAGUGCGUAAAAAGCUUGAAGAGAAUGAAAGACUGCAAGAAGAGAAGAGAAAACAGCAGGAAGAAGCCAAAAGCAGGGGACGUGAUAACAGCUUGAAAUCAACAAUGAAGAAUUCUUCAGACUCUUCUGGCAUUAAGAAAAUAAAUUUGAAGGAGGACUAUAAAUUACAUGACAAGGAAACCCAUGCAGAGUGCAAUGAUUCACUUCAGGGAGCAAUCACUGCAGAAAAGUUGUUUGCAUUGUUGCAAGAUACAGACACAGAGGUGAUCAUCAUGGAUGCACGAAGCUACAAGGAUUACCAGGAAUCUCACAUGCAGGUGGCCAGAUUGCGCUGUAUAAGUGUACCAGAAGAAGCUGUCAGCCCAGGCAUCACUGUUAACCAGAUAGAGUUGAAACUUCCAGAGGAAUCAAAAGAGAUGUGGCGCAAGCGUCAGUUUGCUGAUUACAUUGUUCUGUUGGAUUGGGACAGUUCCAUUGACCUCGUGAAAAGAGGAACCAUUCUUCAGAGUCUCAAGGAUGCACUUUAUAAGUGGGAUAGCCAGAUAAUUCUCCGGAGUGAACCACUGGUAUUGGAGGGUGGCUACGACAGCUGGCUUCUCUGCUAUCCAAUGUAUACCACAAAUGCCAAAGUGACUGUUCCAAAGAGAGAAUCUCAUAGAGCCAUUCAAGUGUCUUUGGACUUCAGUUACCCAUCCUUGGAGGAACCUCCCCCACCCUGUGAAGAUGUUAAUGAAACGAAGGCUGUCCAAGAAGUGGAAAUUUGUAACGAACACACAUCUCAGCUCGAAGAGACACCAAAAAAAGUCAACCUAAAAACUAUCAAUGUACCUAAUGGUGUCCUUGGCCCUGGGGUUCCAGUCACUGGGCAGCCUGUUGCACUGAAAACCAUUCCACAGAUUGAUCGAACCAAAAAACCUCCACUGAAACAGCCUGAUCAACCUCAGCCUAAAUCUGAAGUUGCUGGUGCUGACAAUCUGCCUGUUCACAAUGGACCAGUGAUUCCUGAUCGAUCAACAAAGCCCUGUGUAGGAUCACAGCAUUCACUGACUGAUGAAGAAAGAAAUCAGAUUCAUGCUGAAGCAGCCCUAAUUGGUGAGAAGGCCAGAAAGGAGAAAGAACAGCGUGAACGAAGGCAGGAAGAAGAAAGGCAAGAGAAAGAGAGAUUGGAGAGAGAAAGGCAAGAAGAGUGUAUAGAAAAAGAGCAGUGUAAGAAGGAGGAAAAAGCGUUCAAAAUAAAAGCUGAACAAGAAAGAGACAGCAAAGAAAAUGAGGAACAGAGCGCACAGGAGCGUGAAGACAGCCAGCAAAAAGAAGAAGCUGAAAGGAAAAGAUUGGCAGAGCAAAAAAAGACAUCAGAAACAAAAGGCAAAAUUGAAAGUCAGAUAAGAGAUCAAGCUGAUCCACAGAAAAGUGGUGAACAAUCUGUCUCUGAGCUGGAAGGUUCCCAUUGCACAAACUUGGAGAAACAGGAACAUAGAGAUACAUUAACCAGGGCAAGGAGUGAGGAAAUGGGCCGAACAGUUCCAGGCUUACCACCAGGAUGGAUGAAGUUUCUUGAUGUGGUGACUGGAACCUACCGCUACUAUCAUUCACCAACUAACUCUGUUCAUAUGUAUCCGCCUGAAAUGGUGCCAUCAAUUACUCCUCCUGCAACCCCCCCAACUCUCAAAGCCAAACCACGAAGUGCAACUGAUGUUGACAUUCCUAAGUUAAAACGUUCAUUCUCCUCACCGGAUAUUGCUCAAGCUGUUCAAGAAGAGCAAAACAAAACAAUGACAAAAAUAGUGCCCAGAGUUAAUCGGGAAACAAAGCCCCCUGGUUACAGCAAAACUGAAAUCUCCAGCCCUUCUGCUUCUCAAAUCCGAAACCUGAACCCUGUAUAUGGAGGGAUGGGGCGAGCACUGACUGGCCUGCGAAACCUUGGCAAUACCUGCUAUAUGAAUUCUAUUUUGCAGUGUUUGUGCAAUACUCCUCAUCUGGCAGAGUACUUCAAUAAAAAUUUCUACCAACAAGAUAUUAACAGGUCAAACAUUCUUGGUCAUAAAGGUGAGGUGGCUGAAGAGUUUGGUGUGAUAAUGAAGAGCUUGUGGUCAGGUCAAUAUAAAUGCAUCAGUCCAAAGGACUUUAAGGGACGCAUAGGAAAAAUAAAUGAUACGUUUGCAGGGUAUGUGCAACAAGAUUCCCAGGAAUUGCUUCUGUUUCUAAUGGAUGGACUCCAUGAAGAUCUGAAUAAAGCUGACCGGAAGAGAUACAAAGAAGAAAGUACAGAUAGCUUGGAUGACACGAGGGCAGCAGAUUUAGCCUGGCAAAAGCACAAACUACUCAAUGAGUCCAUUAUUGUGGCUUUGUUCCAAGGCCAGUUUAAGUCAACUGUACAGUGUCUGACUUGUCAUAAGAGGUCCCGAACAUUUGAAGCCUUUAUGUAUCUAUCUUUGCCACUUCCAUCAUCUAGCAAAUGUUCUCUCCAGGAUUGUCUCAAAUUGUUUUCCAAAGAAGAGAAGCUGACAGACAAUAACCGAUUCCACUGCAGCAAUUGCAAAGCGCACAGGGACUCAACAAAGAAGCUAGAGAUCUGGAAACUGCCUCCGAUCCUGUUGAUACAUUUAAAACGAUUCUCUUAUGAAGGGAGAUGGAAACAGAAGCUGCAGACAAAUGUUGAUUUUCCAUUGGAGAAUCUGGACUUCUUCAGCUACAUAAUUGGCCCCAGGAACAAUGUGAAAAGAUACAAUUUAUUUGCCGUGUCGAACCAUUAUGGAGGACUAGAUGGAGGACACUAUACAGCCUACUGCAAGAAUGCUGUGAAACAGCGCUGGUUCAAGUUUGAUGAUCAAGAUGUUUCAGAGAUAUCACCUUCUUCAGUGAGAUCAUCAGCCGCCUACAUUCUCUUCUACAGCUCACUGGAGUUGCGUGUGGUUGAUUUAGCUACAUAGCAGUGUUCAGUGUAGUGAAUUUCCAAAGUGAUACUCCAUAUGGUUUGUGCCAAUAUUAAUAAAUGUUGGGCAUAUGACCAAGAACAUUAGCAGCAUGUCCAGCUGUUUUGAAAAAGACUUGUGGUCUUGCAACGCUAGAGCUUUACCAGAUGGACCUGCCCUUUGUACUUUACCAGAAAAAUGAUUUUUAGUCAUGUAACAUUUAACUGCCUAAUUAGAAUGAUUGAGUGUCAAAUAUCCUGUUCACUGGUCUGUAUUUGUAACUGCAGUGGUUUGAAGAGCCAGAACAUAUUGCCCUUCACAAGAUCUUUGUUACGCCACAAGGCAUAAAUCUUAAAUGAUUUGUUCCUGUUCGAAAUGGCCUUUCUCAAUUAUAUUUAAAUCUUUCUGUACUGUGAAAAUAACCAGAAGUAAUCUGAAUAGAUGAGAAUGUAUCUGUACAUAAUGAUUGCAGACUUGCACAAAUUGUGUAUGUGUAUAUAAUAUAUAAAUAGUUUUAAAGUAAUACUCGUAUUUGAAGUAACCUUGCAGUAAAGGUACUUUAAUGAAGAUACAGCAGAUUUAUCUCAAAAGUUAUAUUGCAAAUUAAUUAUUUUCAGACUUUUGCAAAAGGUGUGAAAUGUAUCAAAUAUACUUGCCUUUAACAGUUCAGGUCUGAACAAUCUCUUGUUAAUGGGGUGAUCCUUGAUCUUCGGUUUCUAAACUGUUACUGUGUAACUGCACAACUAUUUGUUUGAUCAAUCAUUCAUUUGCUGUUUGCAAUGCCAUUGAUGCUUGUAGGAAGAAAUUGAGAGCUCAUUUCUACCUUUAUAUUUGCAUGUCUUUCAUUGCUCAACAUUGACAGGACUUCCAAGACUUUGUAGAAGUUCUUGGAUUCUUUGCUUUGAAAGAUCAGAAAAGCUAAUGAAAUGUUGGCCUUUUAUAUCAUGGGAGCUGGAGUGCAGUGCCCAGAGCUCUGGUUAAACCUCAGCUGAUGCACUGCACAUUGUGUAGAAUAUAUUGGGCUUGGAGGGAAUGCAAUGCAAUACAGAUUUACUAAAGUAUACUGAUCUGGGAGGAUUGAGGACUGUUAGCAUAGAAUAGGUUGGUAUUCCAUACAAGGUUAAUGUAAAAUCUAGUUGAGGUGUUCUAAGAUGUUAAGGAAUUGAUUUGGUAAAUGGCAAUGACUUCCUCUAUUGGGAGAGUGCAGAAUAAAGGCUGAUUUCAAGAAGUGCUUUUGCACAAAGGAUAUGGGAACUUGUUGCUCAGAGCCAUUUAAGACAAAACAUGCCCCAUGUUUGUAAAUGGUAAAGGCAUUACAAAACUAAAGCAGGUGCAUGAAACUAAAGUUUAGAAUAACCAUUGCCAGAUUGAAUGGUUGAACACUCAGGAAUGGGAGGUCCUUCUCUGGUUUCUUGGAUCAAUCCUGCCUGAUACCCCAUUCUCUGGUUUUGGCUUUAUAUCACAAUAGCUGGAAGCAGAAAUUCAGGCAGGUGAGAGAUUGCACUCAAAGCAUACCUUUUGACUUUUGAACAUCACUGAAGAAUUAUUUUUGCCAGUAAUUUGUUCAAAGACCUCAGGGUUGUUUCAAACUAUAUUGAUUUAGUAUGGUCUGUGAUCUUGCAAACGAUAUCUAUGUCCUAAGCUCUUUUAGAUCAAUGCAUCUCAGGGUUUCUCUUACCAAGGCCACUGCUACAUCACAGUGCACCUUGUAGGCUCACCUACAUUUACCUUCAAAGAAUAAAAAGAAUUUUGUUGUAUUCCUCCCAGUUUGUCAUCAAAAAUUUCAUGAUGCUGAUAGCUUGCAACUGAAGUUAAUUGCUGUUUGGAAAUUCCAGUGAGCUUAACUUGUUCUUUCACACGUUAAUUUCCUUUUAAACCUACUUCACCAUAAAAUGCACUGCAAAAUGCAAUCUAAAAUUAAUUUCAAUUAAAUUAGCCAGGCAUUUAAUCUGAAAACUGUCACCAAACUAAAUUUAUAAUUCCUCCUUCAUGGAUAUUGGUUUAGAAAUAUUGCAGAAGUAAUCAGGCCUGUUGCUUUGAGGAAACAUCAGUCACUUUUUUUUACAAAAUUUGGAGAACAUCACAUUACGUUAGUUUCAUUGAAUGACAGAUGUUCUUUUAAACUGUCCCCUUCCCCCGUGCCUAAAUGUAGUAUUGCUACACUAAUAUUACUGGUGAAGUGCUGCUGUCACACAGUCUUGAUACAUUUUUGAUCAUUUGCACUGCAACAAAUGUAGCUGGUAUUGCUGCAAAUCUGUGGUUCCACAAUAAAUAUCACACAUGGGAAUGCAAAAUAGGGGAAAGAAACUGGCUAAGUAUCUAAGGAAAAAAUUACUUAAGAUCAGAUCUAAAUUUUUAUUUCGCGGCUUGUACUGUUUUCUGUUGAUAUUUAACCAGUCUUGCAUGAGAAACUGUGGCCCUGUGCGAUUGACAAGUAAAAGUAAAAUAUUUUAUAUGCUUUUUCAAUAACAUUUUGCAUGGAAAUGUAGUUUCAUUUUAGUACAAAGGUUAAGUGGAAACUGAAUUGCCUGGCUCAUUUGCAAAUAAUUACAAUUGAGAUGACGUUAGUGUUUUUAAAAUUAUUUUCAUCUCCAGUUUGUAUGGUAGCAAGUUUCAUGCACAGUCCUGAGGAAGGGUCACCAGACCCAAAAUGUUAAUUCUGUUUUCCUCUUCACAGAUGCUGCCAGACUUGCUGAGCUUUUCCAGCAACUUUGUUUUUGUUCCUGGUUUACUGCAUCCGCAGUUGUUUUGGCUUUUACUCAAGCACAGUCAUAUGGUUGAUUUAUCGGGCAAACAUUCCUCCACCUAUUUCUGCAUCUGUUGCAUAUUUUAUUUUCUUUUGGAGUGCAGUUACAUGUGACAGCAUUUAAUGUUGUAAUUAACUUUGGGGUUUUUUUAACCUGACUUGACUACUGGACUGUCUUUUAUUUGAUAAUCAUUAUUUUUCAAACUGCUGUGUAUUAUUUCACAUUUUUCAAUAUUAAACACCAUGUCAUUUUUAACCCA